AUGGAGGCUGUGUCUCACAAAGGGUUCCCCGCAGACUGCAGCCAUCUCCGCAAGAACAGCCCCAGUGGGGUGUACGUCAUCCAGCCAGCACGGUCUCCCCCACGCGUGGUCUGGUGUGACAUGGACACCGAAGGCAAGGGCUGGACUGUUGUCCAGAGAAACUCUCAUGACACUGAGCUCACGUGGAAGCAAUCCUGGACCACCUACAAGUACGGCUUUGGGAACGUGCAGGGCGAUCACUGGCUGGGCACUGAGUACCUGCACCUACUGACACAGCAGGGCACCUACAAGGUCCGCUUCGUCGUGCGGAAUAAAGCCAACGUCACCCAUUUUGCUGAGUACGACAUCUUCAGGGUGGAGAGUGAGGCCAGUGGGUACCCGCUGAGGCUGGGCCGGUAUUCUGGUGAUGGAGACGAUUAUCUGACGCUCUAUCACCCCAAGAAGGGGGGCAUCCAUGACAACAUGAAGUUCAGCACAACCGACAAGGACCAGGACCAGUACAGUGGGAACUGUGCCAGCAGCUACGGGGGCUGGUGGUACGACAGGUGCCAGAACGUCCUGCUCAAUGCCAAAAACCGCAUCGUCUGGCCAGGAUUCUGUGAUAAUGGCGACUGUGCAUCCUCCCUCAUCCUGGUCAAACCCACAGACGUGUGCUGA